AUGCUUCCAAGCAGGGGAAUCGCGCGGUCCCUGCCCUCGGCCGGGGCGAGGCGGCAGAUCCAGAGCCGGUGGACACAAUCUCCUCUGAGCGCAUUGUCGCAGCGCCUUCGCAAUGGACGGCAGUUUGGCACAGUCAUCAGCUCGUCUGGGAGCAGCUCCCCGCUGCGCAGCCGUAACCUGGGCGCGCCCAUCGUGCUCGGCGGCAUGGCCUCCUCCUCGCGCGCCUUUUCUCUCUGGGGCUGGGGCGGCGGCAGGAAGGACGCCGCGCCGGUAGAGCAACCCGCAGCCGCCGCCAGCGCGCCCGCCCAACAACCCGUCGUCGCCUCCGAGGCCGUCCGACCCGUCGACCCGACGCCCGAGAACGCGAUCCCCACGCCGCCGACCGAGCCCGCCGUGGCCGCCUCCGACGUCAACCUCCCGUCGUCCAUCUCCGACAUCGUUAACGGGGAGGACAUCCUCAACAUGCCCGAGCAGCUCGGCUACCUACACGCCAUCGGCCUCGACUACGGCUUGGGGCCGACGUCGGUCAUGCAGUGGGUGCUCGAGCACGUGCACGUCUGGACCGGUCUCGGCUGGGGCGCCUCCGUCAUGGCCACGGCCGUCCUGCUCCGCCUCGUCAUGUUCUACCCGCAGGUCCGCAGCCUGCAGUUCAACGGCGUCAUGCAGAAGAUGCGCAAGGACCCCCGCGCCCAGGAGGCCAUGAAGCUCAUCCAACAGGGCUUCCAGGAGCGCGACAUGGAGAUGCGUCAGAAGGGCCAGUACCUCAACAAGAUGCUCAAGGAGCAGUACGGCGCCAGCAACUGGGGCAUGCUGUGGUCCUUUAUGCAGAUCCCCUUCACCUUUGGCCUGUUCCGCAUCGUCAGCGGCAUGACCCACGUCCCCGUCCCGUCCCUCGAGACGGCCGGCUAUCUCUGGUUCACCGACCUGACGGCCACGGACCCUUACUUUGUGCUUCCGGCCCUCGGUACUGGUCUCAUGAUCAGCGCUCUCGCGCUCAACGCCAAGUACACCCCCGAGGCGCAAAGAAAGAUGCUCAAGAACAUGACCUACGUUUUCGGCGUCGUCGGCUUUGUCGGCACCACUUUCCUCUCCUCCGCCGUCAACCUCAUGACCGUCGCCCUCGGCGCCUCCACCCUCCUCCAAUCCAUCAUCCUCAACAUCCCCGCCGUCCGCUCCAUCUUUAACCUGCCACCCGCACCCGCCGAGACCCCCAAGACGGUCACCUACGAGGCGCCGCGGGGAGCCGCCGCCGUCGCCCCUCAGGGCAUCCGCGAGCGCAUGACAAGCAGCCUCGACGACAUGAAGAAGGGCUUCUCCGAGCAGGUCACCAACUAUACGGGCCAGUACCAGGGCACCGAGGCCGAGAAGGCGGAGCGCAAGCGCAAGGACUUGAUCCGCAAGCUCGAGGAGACGCGCAAGGAGCAGGAGCGCGACGAGUUUGAGAAGAAGUACAAGGGCAGACGGUGA